AUGACUAAAAUUGAGGAUACUGAAGCUGGGAUCAAAUCAAGUUGCUCGAACUCCAAGCAAGCGGACGAGGAGAAUUCGACUUCUUCAGACCUAGAUCAAUCGCCAUCCAGCAAGUCCGGAACAAGAAGCAUUACCGGGUUCAAAUGGAUCUUGGUUGUGACUGCGAUUUUGUCAAGCCAUAUGCUAUUCGCUCUCGACAACACUAUCGUUGCAAAUAUUCAACCAGCUAUUGUUGAUCAAUUUCUGGAAGCCCGGAAAAUUUCAUGGCUAUCCGUUGCGUUCCCUCUCUGCUCCUCUGCAUUGGUUCUACCCUGGUCAAAGGCCUAUGCCACAUACAAUGCCAAGUGGCUCUACAUCGGAUGUGUGAUCUUGUUCAUGGCUGGGUCAGCGCUCUGUGGAGCUGCCCCAAGCAUGGAUCCGAUGAUCGUAGGCCGGGCAAUAGCCGGAGCCGGGGGAAGUGGAAUGUAUUUUGGUGUUUUGACACUCCUGUCAGUCAAUACCACGGUGCAUGAGCGGCCGUUUUACAUUGGAUUGACAGCUGUUUCCUGGGGCAUUGGAACCGUAACAGGCCCUGCCAUCGGCGGUGCAUUUGCUGAAAGCUCUGCCACGUGGCGCUGGGCGUUCUAUAUCAACCUCGUCAUAGGGGCUGCCUUUGCGCCUGUCUAUCUUCUUCUCCUCCCUCCGUUUGAGCCUCUUCCCAAUGCUACACAUAAGGAAAAGGCCCAUAACAUCGAUUGGGUUGGAUCCAUACUCUCUAUCGGUACGUUGGCUGCGGUAGUCAUGGCCAUCGACUUUGGAGGAUCAGAAUGGCCCUGGAACAGUGGCCAGUCCGUUGCCUUGUUUGUGGUGGCUGCCAUCCUAUUUAUCGUCUUUGGAGUCCAGCAGACCUUCUAUAUUUUCUGCACUGAAAAGAACCGACUUUUCCCUGUUCAUUUCUUGACGAACCGCUCGUUAUUUCUCCUUUUCAUUCUGAAUACUUGUGCGAGCAGUGGGCUUUUCAUCUCGGUUUAUUAUAUCCCUCUCUACUUCCAGUUUACUCAAGGGGAUACAGCCAUCAAGGCCUCUAUACGCCUCUUACCGUUUGUGCUGAUCCUCAUUUUCACAAUCAUACUUAAUGGCCAUAUGAUGUCUAAGUUUGGCUACUACUUCCCAUGGUACCUAGUGGGAGCAGCCUUCGAACUGAUCGCCGCCACCCUCAUGUGUAAGGAUCCAUGUCUCGAAACCCCCUUUGAGAACCCGCUAACCGUUCCAGAUCUUGUCAAACCGGAUACGUCCGCCGGAGCUAUCUACGGAUACACCGCCCUUAUGGCGCUAGGCGUUGGCGCCUUCAACCAGGCAGGAUAUAGCGUUGUGCAGGCCAAGGUCAACCCAGACGAGAUCCCCUGGGCCCUGGGAUACAUGAUGGUUUCCCAACUCGGAGGCAUCGUCUUGGCCCUCGGCAUGGCGGGUGCGAUUUUUGUCAAUAGAUCAACCACCGGCCUUCUCACGCUGCUGCCGGAUGCCGACCCCGAAGCUGUGAAGAACGCCAUUGCAGGGACCAGCAGUUCACUUUUCAAGUCUUUAUCUGAACAUGAUCAGGCCCAGGCCUUGAGUAUCAUCGUCGAUGCUAUCAGUCAAGUGUACAUACUCCUGAUCGUAGCAGGAGGCAUGGGUGUUCUUCUCUCCGUUUUCCUAAAGCGUGAGAAGCUCUUCCUUGAAGUUGCCGCUGGUGGAGCAUGA